UGCUGUUAAGAUGGCGGUGGUCAUCCAAAGGCUGCAGUGCGGGCUGCAGGAGCCAUCUGCAAGGUGUUUCCCGCCCCCUCCCCUUCAUGGCUGGUUGUGGAGAGGACUCCUCAGUUCCUGCCCACGUCGGUCUCUUCCCCCAUGCUACUUGAUUGAAUUGUCAUUAAAGCAUGGUGCCUCAAGAGAGGUGGAGGAAGAAGAGAGAAACUCUCUUAUGGCCUCACAAGAGCAAGCACACAGCAUCGCUUCUACCUCACUCAGCACACGAACGCCAAUCGACCAAACAGCCCACAACCCAAGGAAAGUCAACGAGUUGGUAAUCCUGUGUAAACACCGCUAAGGUCAUUGUAGCCCAGUGGUCCCCAGGCUGCUGACAGGUGUGUAACCCCACAUGGCUCCUGAGCUGUCCAUGGCUACACAGAGGAGGAAUCAGAAGGCAGCCACCUCCUCUCCCCCGUAUGAAUUUCACACAAGUACAUAUUACCAGCAGAUAGCACUACCCAGACGGAUACCAUCUUGUAGCCCAGAACCUCUUGCCAGGCCCGGCAAGCUCUGGCUCUUGAAGCCUGGGCAGAAUGAAGAACUGUCGUCUUGAGUUCUGGAGGAGAGUUUUGCUUCUGAGCCAUCAAAGGUACUGCUACAUAUUCUGACUCAAUCAGUCUGCAGCUGUGGAGGAGGGGUCGCUCCUGCUGAGGGAAUAUCCAACCUGCUAACCCCCAAUGGGAUGGGGCACUCUGGAAGUGAACAGGGUGUCAUGUGAGUCUCCUUGAGAACUGCUGCCCGAGUGGAAAUGCUCUCAGUGGAGAAUGGCCUGGACCCUCGGGCUGCCAUCCAGGUCAUCAAGAAGAAGCUAGUGGGAUCUGUGAAGGCCCUGCAGAAACAGCAUGUGUCUCUGGACACAGUGGUCACCAGUGAAGAUGGAGAUGCUAACACCAUGUGCAGUGCCCUGGAGGCCGUGUUCAUCCAUGGCUUGCAUGCCAAGUACAUCCGUGCUGAGGCUGGCGGCAAAAGGAAGAAGCACACUCAUCAGAAGCCUCUGCCUCAGCCUGUCUUCUGGCCCCUUCUGAAAGCUGUCACCCACAAACACAUUAUCUCAGACUUGGAGCACCUGGUCUUCAUCAAUACAGACGUAGGCCGCUGCCGGGCCUGGCUGCGGUUGGCCCUCAAUGAUGGGCUGAUGGAGUGCUACCUGAAGUUGCUCCUGCAGGAACCUGCACGGUUGUGCGAGUACUAUCAGCCCACGGCCCUGCUUCGAGAUGCUGAGGAAGCCGAGUUCCUCCUGAGCUUCCUCCAAGGACUAACAUCCUUGUCUUUUGAACUCUCCUACAAGUCAGCCAUCUUAAAUGAAUGGACACUCACCCCACUGUCUCUCUCUGGGCUUUGCCCCCUCUCUGAACUGGACCCUCUCACUGUCUCUGGUGCAGAACUGCAACGGAAGGAGUCUCUGGAUUCCAUUUCCCAUUCCUCAGGCUCUGAGGACAUCGAAGUCCAACACUCAGGCCAUAAGAUCCGCAGGGACAGGAAGCUCACCGCCUCUUCCCUCAGCCUGGACACAGCCAGCUCAUCCCAGCUAUCCUGCAGCCUAAAUUCUGACAGCUGCCUGCUCCAAGAGAAUGGUCCCAAGAGUCCAGACCACUCUGAGGAACCCAUGUCCUACGACUCAGAUCUGGGCACAGCAAAUGCUGAUGACUCUGACAGGUCUCUGCAAGAGGUGUUGUCGGAAUUCAGCAAAGCCCAGGUAAAUUCUGCACCAAGCAGCGGACCAAGCCAAGAGUCAGACACCCCCAUGUUCCAGACCCCCCUCUCCCUCCACAGCCUAGCUAACAGCACACACCUGCUCUUUGAAGGAUCUGAAGAGCCCUUUCCUGCCCAUACAUCCUCUGGGACUUCAAGUGGCCACAAGCAUCAGCCCCAGGAGAGUCCAGACAUGCAGCCGCUAGGCACUGCCCAAGCUGGCCCUGCUGGGAGCACUUCAGACCAGCAGCCAUCUAGUCCCGUGGCCGGAGCAGCUGACCAAGGAAGUGAGCCUUGGAAGGCCCUGGAAUAUGGCAGAGUUGGACCGAAGCUUGUGGUUUCCUCUCCUACGAGUCCGAAAGGCAAGAGCUGGAUUUCUGAAGAUGACUUCUGCCGACCUCCCAAGGAGCAUGCUCUGAAGAACACUUCAGAUCUUUGCAUAUCUCCUCUGCAAGGGACUCCAGAGUUGAGGACUGCUCUCCACGGGCCGUUUUCUCAAGGACCAAGAAAGAGCUGCUCCCUGGGGGCCUUAGACAAAGCGUGUGUGUCCUCGCUGGACUACAGAAAUGCCCAGACAGCUCCAUCUCCAGCGGUGACACAAGACCAUAAAAACUUCUGUGUGGUGCAUCGAAGGCAGAUGGGGCUCUCUAACCCAUUCCGGGGCCUCAUGAAGCUGGGCACAGUAGCCCGGCGAGGAGCCAUGGGCAUCUGGAAGGAAUUCUUUUGUGAGCUGUCCCCACUGGAGCUCCGCCUCUACCUGAGUGACGAGGAGCGCACCUGUGUGGAGAGCUGCUCCCUGCUACGGUGUGAGGCCGUGGGACCAGCACACAGCGAUGGACGUUUUGAGUUGGUCUUCUCCGGCAAGAAGCUGGCUCUCCGUGCCUCCUCCCAGGACGAGGCUGAGGACUGGCUUGACCGUGUGCGGGAGGCUCUGCAGAAGGUGCGCCCUCAGCAGGAGGAGGAGUGGGUGAAUAUCCAGUACCCAGACCAGGCUGAGGAUUCCCCAGAGGCGCCACCAGACAACCUUCCCCCCUAUUCAGCCCUGCUCCCAGAACAUGCAGGUGCACAGGGAAUACAGCCAAACUGGACAUCUGCCCAGGUUCCAGAGCCAGAUGCUAUCAAAGAGUCUCUUUUGUACCUGUAUGCAGACCGGACCUGGAUUCCCUAUAUCUUUUCCCUGUCCUUGGAGUCUCUGAAAUGUUUCCGUGUGAGAAACAAUGAGAAGAUGCUAAGUGAUAGCCAUGGAGUGGAGACCAUCCGGGACAUCCUGCCAGACACCAGCCUUGGGGGCCCAGCCUUCUUCAAAAUCAUCACGGCCAAGGCUGUCCUCAAACUGCAGGCCAAGAACACUGAGGAGGCCGCCCACUGGAGAGACCUAGUCAGGAAAGUGCUGGCGUCUUACUUAGAGUCAGUUCAGGAGGCUGUGACACUUGCUGGGAGUCUGGAUGAAAACUGUCAGGAGGUCCUGAAGUUUGCCACCAGGGAGAAUGGCUUCCUGCUACAGUACCUUGUGGCCAUCCCGACCGAGAAGGGCCUCGACUCCCAGGGCUGCUUCUGUGCAGGUUGCUCCCGGCAGAUCGGCUUCUCCUUUGUACGACCUAAGCUCUGUGCCUUCUCUGGCCUAUAUUACUGUGACUUCUGCCACCAAGACGAUGCCUCGGUGAUUCCAGCCAGAAUCAUUCAUAACUGGGACCUCACAAAGCGCCCGGUCUGCCGGCAGGCCCUGAAGUUCCUGGCCCAGAUCCGGGCCCAGCCCCUCAUCAACCUGCAGCUGGUGAACGCCUCUCUGUAUGAGCAUGUAGAGCGCAUGCACCUCAUUGGCAGGAGCCGGGAGCAGCUGAAACUUCUGGGGGACUACCUGGGCCUGUGCCGAAGUGGUGCUCUGAAGGAGUUGAGCAAAAGGCUAAGCCACAGGAAUUACCUCUUGGAGUCUCCUCACAAAUUCAGUGUUGCUGACCUCCAGCAGAUUGCAGAGGGGGUGUAUGAAGGAUUCCUCAAAGCCCUGAUUGAAUUCGCCUCCCAGCAUGUCUACCACUGUGACCUGUGCACCCAGCGAGGCUUCAUCUGCCAGAUCUGCCACCACCAGGACAUCAUCUUUCCCUUUGAGUUUGACACCACAGUCAGGUGUGCUGAAUGCAGAACUGUCUUCCAUCAGAGCUGCCAGGCUGUGGUGAGGAAGGGCUGUCCCCGCUGUGCCCGCCGGCGCAAGUACCAGGAACAGAACACUGUCAGUUAGCCCUGCUGUCCUGACCUUCCAAGGCCGUCCAGCUGGUUUGUCAUCGGCCUAGGCCUCUCCUCCCUGUAAGGAAGACUCUCUGGUGUGCCCAGAGCUCCAGCCUACAGAGAAGGCACAGGAAGUCGCAGUGAUGCCUGUGGCCCCUCACUACCCUUGUGCUCCAGGAGAAGGAGAUACACCAGGCGCCUCUCCACAGGGCCUGCUUACCCAGCUGUCAUGGCACCUCCGUUAGGGCUGUUCAUACACUGUUGAAACGAAGCUUGGUGAGCAUGUGUAAACCAUGCUCCUGAGUACAAGGUCUAGUUUUUUUAAGGUGGGUUUUCCCCCCUUCGUAUUUAAACAGAAAAUAUUUUUUUAUUCUUGACCUACCCAAAUCACCCAAGAAAUAGACUCCUUCACCCGAGCAGAUGGGUAAGAGGAAGCCCAGCCUAGAGGCAGGCAUGGAGCCGGGUGGAAGGGUGCCUUUCCUUUGCCCUUUCUGGCACAUACUGCCAAGAGCGCAAAUGCCAUGUGCCAAAUGGCCUGUCGUUGUAAGGCUGGUUGGUUUCAGCAACCACCUUCCCUCCCUUGUCAUGCUCUCCCAGAAAGCAGUCCCUCCCUCUCAGAGCCCCUGGCUCCUUUCUGGCCUGGGAGUACAGCACAGCAGGAGCAGGGGAAUGACCAGCACCAGCACUGUCAGCACUUUGAACCUUCCUUUCUCAGGAAGGCCACACCCUUGCCCACCUCAUCCCCGUGCCCUCCUUAGUGCUGCAGGGUAGAGUAGGCUGGAAGCCAGAGAGCCCCAAGCUCCAUCUGUGAAGAGGAGGCGCCAUCCUUCAGCUACAGAGAUAGGGAUUUGCCCAGAAGCUGCCCUGCAGAGCUCCAUCAGCCUAGUCUCAAAGCUUGAGUUCAGAAUGUUCCUUGAGUUUUCACCUAGUCCAGCAGGACACUGCAGCACCCAAAUGACUUCCUGGAAGUGGGGUUGCCCUUGAGAGGCUCUUGGGUCUGAUGGCCACAUCCUGGAAUUGUUUUCAAGUAGCCUUGAGGCAUGUAGGGAGUAGGGAUGCGCUCUGCUACCCUCACCUCUCCUGAACCCCCACCCCACCCCGUCUGGCCAUCCCAGAGCAACCAGCUCAGAGCCAGAUGGAAUGGAGGACCUCCCUGGAAAUGACCUGUCAUGUCUAGAGAGGAGGUGUCCCCACCCUCACGGAGGUGCAUGAGCUGAGUCACCUGAAGCCUGACGAGUUGUGCAAUAAAACAGGAGGCAGAGGCUGCCACACAGUUAGUUCAUCUGUCCCCAUCAUGGAAGACAGCACUCACCAGUGGCUGAAACACCAAAGCCUCCAGAGCCACCCAGUGUAUCCAUGUCUGCGCCCCCUCCCCCAAGUAGCAUUAACACAUCCCCCAAACUACAGCCCCAUCAGAGCCUCCCUGGUUUUGGGUCCUGAAUGGCAGGAGUCUGUGGCCUGUCCCAUGAGAGUGUAUUACAGAACUUGCCUAGGAGGUAGAGUCCUCCCGCUACCUGGACUGUGAGCAUUAGAGCUGUCUCUUGCCCCUUUACUAAGCUACUGAUGUGCUCAAGUUCGAGGCUUGCCCCCACCAGAAGAGAGCUCACGUGAACCUCUGCAGUGCCCACACUAUUGAAAAAAAACGCUAUUUUAUGCAAUAUUCUGACAAGUGGGCCUUGGCAAUGUAGAGAAGAAGCUGCUGCUGUGUGUGUGGUAUUUGAAUGAUUUUGCAGUAAAGACCUGGUCUUUCUAAUCA